GUUGCCAGGGGAAGCUUGGCCGACAAGUCUAUACUCCUGGGCAGACUGAGCAACAGCAGGUGGUUGCUUCUGGAUAAGAGGUGCUCUAGGUCGGAAGGAAAUAAAUGAGACUACGAUCAGUUAAAGUUCGGUAAAGCAAGAGACACCUUCACCCCGACGACCAGACGGUGGCUCCGCAGCACAGUCUCUCUCGGAUGGUGGAAUUCCCAACCGGCUUCGAUGUAGCCCCGCCCCUACCCAUACCACGCCCACCAAUCACCGCCCUCUCCCCCCCAGGCCCCGCCUAGAGCCUGCCCCUCCUAGAGCACGCUCCACCUGACUCCGACACUGCCGGGCUUAGUCCGCCGGGCUUAGUCCGUGGGGCGCUUGCGCAUUUCUUGAGUUGUCGUGGCACUGCCCAAAUCUGAAUGGGGGAAAGAGGGAACUUCAUAUUUCCUACAGACUCCGCCACAGCGACUUUUCGUGCUCUCUUAGAGCUGGUUUUGCCUUUCGUGCUCCUGACAACCCUGGCUUUUGGUUCCCCAAUGCGGCUUAAGUGUGCAGGUUUUAAGUUAGGCGAUCUUCGGGCAGCCCUAGUCCCAGCACUGGGUCCUUGCGCUGAGUCUGGGGACCACAGCGGGGGAGGCGGGGUCCUUCUCUGGGGCGGUCGCGUUGGCAGCGGAUGCGGGAAGCCGGACUCUGGGCGUCAUGUACUACAAGUUUAGUGGCUUCACGCAGAAGUUGGCAGGAGCAUGGGCUUCGGAGGCCUAUAGCCCGCAGGGAUUAAAGCCUGUGGUUUCCACAGAAGCACCACCUAUCAUAUUUGCCACACCAACUAAACUGACCUCCGAUUCCACAGUGUAUGAUUAUGCUGGGAAAAACAAAGUUCCAGAGCUACAAAAGUUUUUCCAGAAAGCUGAUGGUGUGCCCGUCUACCUGAAACGAGGCCUGCCUGACCAAAUGCUUUACCGGACCACCAUGGCGCUGACUGUGGGAGGGACCAUCUACUGCCUGAUCGCCCUCUACAUGGCUUCGCAGCCCAAAAACAAAUGAGUUAGGCUGCAGAGGACUGGUUUGUUUUUUGGCAUAAACCCUUUGAAGUUCCUUUUUCAUUGUUAAAUUAAAAAUUUUUUUUUACUUGGAUGGCUUAACAUUUUUGCAAGAAAAAUAGGAAGAUAUGAAGAUGAUGUUUUGGUUUGUUUAUGAAAUGCAUAUGGCUUGUCAGAGCUCAUUCGACAGUUAAAGCCAUUGUUUAAAGAAAUGGUGCUUUGCUCUGUGUUUGUGCUCCUGAUUUCCCUGGAGGUUCUGGAUGAAGGCUGAACACAGGCUUGUUAAUGUCAGUCUGUGCUGAGGACCUCAGGGACUUGAGGUUGCAUUUUUGAGCAUGGGGUGCAGAAGCCUUUCUGGAUUUGGAUGUGGCUAUGGAAAGAACACAGAAGCCAAGGUCAUGUGCAUGAAAUGAGGAGUUUGAGUUAGUCACCUCGGGGAUUUUUUCCAUUUUGCAGUAAAAUGUUAAAUUAAUGUAGCCUGCCUCUAUUUGUUGGGCAGGUAAUUUCAAAGGGUUAUUUGCCUCAUCUCCUAUCUUUAGUGAAAUCUUAUGUGUAACUGUGUGUAUUUAUUCCACCGUGGGAACAGAGAACACCUGUUUAGUGUUGCACUUUAGACUGGUGUCUGUUUUGUUAAUGCAGCUGUGUCACAAAUUCUCCUUUAUCUUUUAAAAAUGUUAUCGCUUUAAAUUUUGAUUUAUUUUGACCGUGGAAUAAAUACAUGAAUGAAAAA